AUGAAGCCCCCGGCAGCCUGUGCAGGAGGCGCCCUGGACACAGCAACCCCGUGCUCUGUGGAGAACUACCUAAGAUGGGACCUGAGUGCCCAGCAAAUAGGGGAGCUCACCGUGGAGCUCAUCGAGCAAACUAAGCGCGUGUAUGACCAGGUGGGCUCGCAGAAGUUUGAAGACGUGUCCUACGAGAGUACCCUCAAGGCGCUGGCUGACGUGGAGGUGUCCUACACAGUUCAGAGGAAUAUCCUGGACUUCCCGCAGCACGUGUCUCCCUCGAAGGACAUCCGGAUGGCCAGCACGGAGGCGGACAAGAGGCUGUCCGAGUUCGACGUGGAGAUGAGCAUGAGGCGCGACGUGUACCAGAGGGUUGUCUGGCUGCAGGAGAAAGUGCAGGAGGACUCGCUGAGGCCAGAGGCCAGGCGGUACCUGGAGCGACUGGUCAAGCUGGGCAGGAGAAACGGGCUGCACCUGCCCGAGGACACUCAGCAGAAAAUCAAGAGCAUCAAGAAGAAGCUGAGUCUUCUGUGCAUCGACUUCAACAAGAACCUGAACGAGGACACGACCUUCCUGCCACUCACGCGCGAGGAGCUGGGAGGCCUGCCGGAGGACUUUUUGAACUCUCUGGAGAAGAUUGGGGAUGACAAGUUGAAAGUCACCCUCAAGUACCCACAUUAUUUUCCUCUCCUGAAGAAAUGCCAUGUGCCCGAGACCAGGAGGAAGGUGGAGGAGGCCUUCAACUGUCGCUGCAAGCAGGAGAACUGUGCCAUCCUCAGAGAGCUGGUGACCCUCCGGGCCCAGAAGUCCAGCCUGCUGGGCUUCAGCACACACGCCGACUACGUCCUGGAGAUGAACAUGGCCAAGAGCAGCUGGGCGGUGGCCACUUUCCUAGAUGAGCUGGCCCAGAAGCUGAAGCCCCUCGGGGAGCAGGAGCGGGCCGUGAUCCUGGAGCUGAAGAAGGCCGAGUGCGAGAGGCGGGGCCUGGACUUCGACGGGCGCAUCAACGCCUGGGACAUGCGCUACUACAUGAACCAGGUGGAGGAGACGCGCUACAGCGUGGACCAGAACCUGCUCAAGGAGUACUUCCCCAUGCACGUGGUCACCGAGGGCUUGCUCGGCAUCUACCAGGAGCUGCUGGGCCUCAGCUUCCACCCGGAGGAGAGCGCCGCGGUGUGGCACGAAGAUGUGAAGCUGUACUCCGUGCGGGACUCGGCCUCCGGGAGGCUCAUCGGCAAGUUCUACCUCGAUCUCUACCCAAGGGAGGGGAAGUACGGGCACGCGGCCUGCUUCGGCUUGCAGCCAGGCUGCCUGCGGCACGACGGGACCCGCCAGAUCGCCAUCGCGGCCAUGGUGGCCAACUUCACCAAGCCCACCCCGGACGCGCCCUCGCUGCUGCAGCACGAUGAGGUGGAGACCUACUUCCACGAGUUCGGGCACGUGAUGCACCAGCUCUGCUCUCAGGCGGAGUUUGCCAUGUUUAGCGGGACGCAUGUGGAGCGGGACUUCGUGGAGGCCCCUUCGCAGAUGCUGGAGAACUGGGUGUGGGAGAAGGAGCCGCUGCUCAGGAUGUCCCAGCACUACAAGACUGGCAGCGCCAUCCCCCAGGAGCUGCUGGAGAAGCUCAUCAAGUCCCGGCAGGCCAACACAGGUCUCUUCAACCUGCGCCAGAUCGUCCUGGCCAAGGUGGACCAGGCCCUGCACACCCAGACAGCCGCAGACCCCGCGGAGGAGUACGCCCGCCUCUGCCGGGAGGUCCUCGGGGUCCCAGCCACGCCAGGGACCAACAUGCCUGCAACCUUCGGCCACCUGGCAGGCGGCUAUGACGCCCAGUACUACGGCUACCUGUGGAGCGAGGUGUACUCCAUGGACAUGUUCCACACGCGGUUCAAGCAGGAGGGCGUCCUCAACGGCAAGCAGGUCGGCAUGGACUACAGAAGCUGCAUCCUGCGGCCUGGCGGCUCCCAGGACGCUGGCGUCAUGCUGAAGCUCUUCCUGGGCCGAGACCCCAAGCAGGAUGCCUUCCUCCUGAGCAAAGGGCUGCAGGUGGACAGCAGCGAGCCGCCGGCCUGCUGAGCCCCAGGCACUGCUGGCCCUGGCCCCGGGCUCAGCGCCCCGCCCCCGGCUCCCGCCACCCUGUUGCCUUAGCUCCCGGGUGGGGCA